AUGGUAAACAAGUGCCAUAGAAGGCGCAGGAAGUGGGGGGGAUCAUUUUCCCUCCUUCAUCCUCUUUUCUAUGUAGGAAGGGGGGUCAUUUUCCCUCCUUCAUCCUCUUUUCUUUGUAGGAAGGGGGGUCAUUUUCCAUCCUUCAUCCUCUUUUCUUUGAAGGGAGGUCAUUUUCCCUCCUUCAUCCUCUUUUCUUUGCAGGAAGGGGGGGUCAUUUUCCCUCCUUCAUCCACUUUUCUUUGUAGGAAGGCGGGUCAUUUUCCAUCCUUCAUCCUCUUUUCUUUGAAGGGGGGUAAUUUUCCCUCCUUCAUCCUCUUUUCUUUGCAGGAAGGGGGGUCAUUUUCCAUCCUUCAUCCUCUUUUCUUUGUAGGAAGGGGGGUCAUUUUCCCUCCUCCAUCCUCUUUUCUUUGUAGGAAGGGGGUCAUUUUCCCUCCUUCAUCCUCUUUUCUUUGUAGGAAGGUGGGGGUCAUUUUCCAUCCUUCAUCCUCUUUUCUUUGUAGUAAGUGGGGGUCAUUUUCCAUCCUUCAUCCUCUUUUCUUUGUAGGAAGGUGGGGGUCAUUUUCCAUCCUUCAUCCUCUUUUCUUUGUAGGAAGGAGGGUUAUUUUCCAUCCUUCAUCCUCUUUUCUUUGUAGGAAGGUGGGGGGUCAUUUUUCUCUCCUUCAUCCUCUUUUCUUUGUAGGAAUGGGGGUAAUUUUCUCUCCUUCAUCAUCUUUUCUUUGCAGGAAGGGGGUCAUUUUCCAUCCUUCAUCCUCUUUUCUUUGUAGUAAGUGGGGUCAUUUUCCAUCCUUCAUCCUCUUUUCUUUGAAGGGGGUCAUUUCCCUCCUUCAUCCUCUUUUCUUUGUAGGAAGGGGGGUCAUUUUCCAUCCUUCAUCCUCUUUUCUUUGUAGAAAGGUGGGGUCAUUUUCCCUCCUUCAUCCUCUUUUUUUUUUUGGAGUGGGGGUAAUUUUCCAUCCUUCAUCAUCUUUUCUUUGUAGGAAGGGGGUCAUUUUUCCUCCUUCAUCCUCUUUUCUUUGUAGGAAGUGGGUCAUUUUCCCUCCUUCAUCCUCUUUUCUUUGUAGGAAGGGGGGUCAUUUUCCAUCAUUCAUCCUCUUUUCUUUGUAUGAAGGGAGGGGGUCAUUUUCCCUCCUUUGUCCUCUUUAA